UUAUGGUUUUGUAAUUAAGUCGUAUUAAAUGAUUUUAAACAUUAAAUAUGGCUGAUAUAAACAGUUUGUUUGAUUGCUUUGACGAGCCAGCACAAAAUGCAGCCUCGAUCCAAUUGCCAAACGUUAAAAAUGAAGAAGAAAUUUCGGAGACUACAGAAGAAAAAAGUGUACUAAAUAACAAACGAGCUCAUGAGGAAGUUGAAUAUGCCGAUACGUCAAAGAGACUCAAACAAGACGAAGACGAGGGUGAUCUGACUUCAGAUUUAAACUUAGAGGCACUUCACUCGCGCAUAGUCAUUCAUACGUUAGAAACUCACGAAGGUUGCACACAUGAAGUGGCAGUACCGCCAAAUCAGGAGUUUGUGCCACUUGCGCAACCCACUUCAGAGCCCGCCAAGCAGUACUCCUUCAUACUGGAUCCCUUCCAGAAAGAAGCUAUUUUGUGUAUAGACAAUUUAGAGUCAGUGCUCGUGUCAGCUCACACUUCUGCAGGAAAAACUGUUGUGGCUGAGUAUGCCAUAGCUGUAUCACUAAAGAAUAAGCAGAGGGUAAUCUACACAACACCCAUUAAAGCUCUCUCCAACCAGAAGUAUCGGGAGUUUUCUGAAGAGUUCCAUGAUGUGGGCUUAAUCACGGGUGAUGUCACUAUCAACCCUUCAGCUUCUUGCCUGAUUAUGACUACUGAGAUUCUCAGAAACAUGUUAUACAGGGGAUCAGAGAUCAUGCGUGAAGUUGGAUGGGUUGUGUUUGAUGAAAUCCAUUACAUGAGAGACAAGGAAAGAGGUGUUGUGUGGGAAGAAACACUGAUAUUGCUCCCGGACAACGUCCAUUACGUGUUUCUAUCGGCGACCAUCCCGAACGCGCGCCAGUUCGCCGAGUGGGUCUGCCGCCUGCACUCGCAGCCGUGUCACGUGGUGUACACGGAGUACCGGCCCACGCCGCUGCAGCACUACAUCUUCCCUGCGGGCGGGGACGGGAUACACCUGGUGGUGGAUGAGAAGGGCCAAUUUAAAGAAGACAACUUCAACACAGCGAUGACAGUCCUGGGAAACGCGGGCGACGCUGGCAAAGGCGAUCAAAAGGGCCGUCGCGGUGGCCCGCGCGGAGGGCCCAAUACUAAUAUAUUCAAUAUAGUCAAGAUGAUCAUGGAACGGAACUUCGCGCCGGUUAUAGUGUUCAGUUUCAGCAAGAAAGACUGCGAGGCGUAUGCCAUGCAGAUGGCCAAGUUAGACUUCAAUACACUUGAAGAGAAGAAACUAGUAGACGAAGUUUUUAACAACGCGAUGGACGUGCUAUCUGAAGAGGACCGCAAACUGCCGCAGGUCGAGAACGUGAUCCCACUUCUGAGACGCGGCAUCGGCAUCCAUCAUGGCGGACUUCUGCCCAUACUUAAAGAAACUAUCGAGAUAUUGUUCGGCUUAGGACUUAUUAAGGCUCUAUUUGCCACGGAAACUUUCGCCAUGGGACUUAAUAUGCCGGCGAGAACUGUCGUCUUUACCUCAUGCCAGAAAUUUGACGGAAAAGAAAUGAGAUUUCUAACAUCAGGAGAGUACAUUCAAAUGUCCGGAAGAGCUGGUCGUCGAGGCUUGGACGACAAGGGUAUCGUGAUCCUCAUGAUCGAUCAGAAAGUCACACCAAGUAUCGUUAAGGACAUGGUGCAGGGCAAGGCUGAUCCUAUCAAUUCGGCCUUCCAUCUCACUUACAACAUGGUAUUGAACUUGUUGAGAGUUGAGGAAAUCAAUCCAGAAUACAUGUUAGAGAGAAGCUUUUUCCAGUUCCAAAAUCAAGCUGCUAUUCCAGAUCUACUUGACAAGGUUAAAAUGAAACAGAAGGAGUACAACUCCGUGACGGUGGAGCAAGAGCACUCUAUAGCGUCGUACUGCAACAUCAGGUCGCAGUUGGAUAUGCUCGGCUCGCAGUUCCGAUCGGUCAUCACCCGGCCCGAAUAUCUCAAGCCUUUUCUGCAGCCUGGGAGACUUGUUAAGGUGAAAACCGAGAAACACGAGUACGACUGGGGCAUCAUAGUGAACUUCAGGCAUAAAACGCAAGGCAAAGGCAAGAAGGGCAAGUGCGACGACAACCCGCUCUCGUCCGAGGCUGUAAUAGUAGUCGAUAUACUGCUGCACGUCAAACAGGCGAGCGGCGACGAUGCGGAGACCAAUGUGCCGUGCCCGCCUGGCGAGACAGGAGACAUCGAAGUAGUACCAGUACUCCAUACGCUAAUCCACCAAAUCAGCUCCCUUCGCGUAUACUAUCCGAAGGACCUACGGCCCGCAGACAGUCGCAAGUCCGUACUCAAGACGAUUGGAGAAGUGAAGAAACGGUUCCCUGAGGGGCCGCCGCUGCUUAACCCUAUUAAAGACAUGAAGAUUGACGAUCCAGUGUUUAAAGAAUGCGUGGAGAGAAUUAAGCAGUUGGAAGAAAGACUUUACGCUCACCCCCUCCACACGGACAAGAACCGCGCCGCGCUCCAAGCGGCCCACGAGCGUAAGCUGGAAAUAUACGAGGAACUCACCGAGGCCAAGACCGAGCUGCGAAAGGCCAAGAGCAUCCUGCAGAUGGACGAGCUCAAGAAGAGGAAACGAGUGCUGCGGAGACUGGGUUACUGCACGGCGGCUGAUGUCAUAGAACUGAAGGGGAGGAUUGCCUGUGAGUUGAGCAGCGCCGACGAACUCCUCCUCACCGAGCUGAUCUUCAACGGCGUGUUCAACGCGCUCACCUCCUCGCAGAGCGCCGCGCUCGUCAGCUGUUUCGUGUGCGACGAGAACAGCUCGCAGUCGUCCGCCACCGGCGAGGAGCUGCGCGGCGUGCUGAGACAGCUACAGGAAUACGCCCGGAGGAUAGCCAAGGUGUCGAUCGAGGCCAAGAUGGACCUGGAUGAGGAUAACUACGUGGGCAAGUUCAAGUGCACGCUCAUGGACGUCGUGCACUCCUGGUCUAAGGGCGCCAGUUUCCUGGAGAUCUGCAAGAUGACAGACGUGUUCGAAGGUUCCAUAAUCAGAUGCAUGCGGCGACUAGAAGAAGUGCUCCGCCAACUCUGCCAAGCGGCCAAGAACAUUGGAAAUACGGACUUGGAGAACAAAUUCAGUGAAGCCAUCAAACUGCUCAAGAGAGACAUCGUCUUUGCCGCCAGCUUGUACAUGUAACUGGCAAACACACUAAAUAUAUCCUUAUUUAAUAUG